CUCUGCCUCUGCCCCUGCUGCCCAUUGGCACAGCAGCGAGAGCAGGAGGACCACAAAGGGGAGGGCCAUGCGGGCCCCCCUCUCCCUCCAGCAGCAGAAGAUGUGUGCUCCUCUGAGUGGGAACUGUUUGAGAACGAGCUCCAAGCCUCAGAGCUAGAGCGGUCAGCUCUAAUUAUCAGGUGUUUUGAGCAGUUCCUGUCCCGACUGCACAGCGACAGGCCUCUCCAUCUGAAGUGCAGCCAGAGAAGGAGAAGAAGAACUCUUGUGGCUCUGUCAAGCGUGGAGGCCAGAGAGAGGGGGAGAGAAACAUGGACACGUGCGCCUGCGCUUUGGAGCUGCUGGGGAUGCUGGUCUACGUUGGAGCAUGGCUGUGCGCUUUAACCACCACUAUCUUACCGCAGUGGCUGACCAUGAGCACUGCGCUGCUGCCUGUGGAGAGCUACGAGCUGGGCCUGUGGGAGACCUGCGUGGUCCAGGACGUUGGAGGGAUGGAGUGUAGGGCUUAUGACAGCCUGCUGGGCCUUUCCACAGACCUCAAGCUGGCCCGCAUCCUCAUGUGUGCUGCCCUCGCUGUGGGCAUGCUGGGAAUUCUCGUGGGAAUACCUGGACUUGACUUGGUCCACAGCUGUAAAGAGGACAGCGGUCAACAAACCAAGAGGAUUUUAAUCAUCACGGGAGGGGUGCUCGGGAUGGUUUCUGGGGUUCUGUGUCUGAUUCCCGUGUCCUAUAUGGCACAUAUAGCAGUGAUGCAUUUCUUUGAUGACAAAGUGCCUGACGUGGUGCCUCGGUGGGAGUUUGGAGACGCUUUGUACUGCGGCUGGGCAGCAGGAUUUCUCCUCAUAGUUGCCGGCCUGAUCUUGAUCACCUCGUCCUCGUGCUCUCAGGUGGAGCCUCAGCCUGUGCUGCAGCGGCGGUACCAGGUGAUGGGCACAGGUGUAAAUUACAGGAAGCGCACAGAGUACGUUUAACAGAUGAUUUACCUGUGUAGAGACUGAAAUCACAACACAAUCACCUGUAGAUCUGCACGUCGGACCGCUUUACAGCAAUGAUGUAAACCACCAAGACAACAUACGAUGGUGACAUUUACACCUUGUUUCAGCCCUUUUACAUGAC